AGCGCAGCCUUUUUUGUUGUAGCCUAUGUGGAAGGAAAAUCCCUUAUCCUGAGAAACUGGAAGUAAAAGCUAAAUAAUGUAGGUGUCCUAAAAUGCCCCGGCGCUGUGUAAAGAAAUGAUUACCUCGCACUCUGUGUGAACGUAGCAAAACGUUACCGACAAGAAAAUACCCGAGAAUAGGUUCGCUUUGUUCAUUUACGCUCGCGGGUUAUUUAGCCGACGGAGGCUAUCCAUGCACCAUGCGUAAAGUUUCGGUGUUCGCGUGUGUAUUAUGUGUAGACAUAAUAAUAGUGUACACUCUGGACCUCGGAGGAAUUUUGCUGAAGUCUUGUACAAACCUCGACUAUAAUCUAUUUCGCCAGUGGGCUGAAUCCGGACUGCGAUGCACACUACUGUCCGCAGGAGCUACUUUAUAUAAAGAUGCGGCGGAUCCACUGAUACGGAGAUGGAUUACAGUCCACUGUUUUAUCGGUUCGGUAUACGAAACCGGGCGCUUAGCGCUGUUUGACAACUAUCGCCUUGACAAGUUUAAUUCGUGGCUUGUCGGUACCGUCGCUGCUGCUGUAGCUUGUCUGUUUUGGGAGGUAACACUGCCUGACACUAAUGGAGAGAGUAACGGUAAAGAGCGCAAACAGAAGGCUCGAGUCCUCUUCAUCCGGGUCAUCCGUUUGUCCAAACCAGACUACAUAUUAUUGUGUGGAGCUUUUGUCUUUCUGACCUUAGCUGUGCUAUGUGAGAUGUUCAUCCCACUGUACAUUGGAGAGGUGAUUGACAUCUUGGGUUCCCAUUAUCAGUGGGAUAACUUCAGAUCAGCUAUCAUUCUCAUGGGAUUAUUCUCACUGGGAAGGUUGGUAUGGCAAAAUAUGUGUUUUGUAUUACAAAAAUUACCAUUUAGUUAUCUGCAUUAUUUACAUUUAGUUACCAUUAUUUACUUAAUGAACUUAAUGUUGUUUGUUCUCAGUUCUGUCAGUGCAGGAUGUCGGGGAGGCCUGUUCAUGUGUGCAAUCAACAGCUUAACUUGCAGAAUAAAGGUACAACUGUUUGGGUCCCUUGUCAGGCAGGACAUUGGCUUCUUUGAGACCAUCAAGACAGGUGAUAUCACAUCUAGACUCUCCACAGACGCUACUCUGAUGGGCCGGGCUGUAGCCCUGAAUGUCAAUGUCCUUCUGCGGACACUGAUUAAGACGCUGGGCAUGUUGUAUCUGAUGCUGAGCCUCUCGUGGAAGCUUACACUGCUGAUGCUGAUGGAGACGCCACUGACAGGCUUACUGCAGAACAUAUAUAACACACAUUAUCAGAGGCUCUCAAAAGAAGUUCAGGACUCUAUGGCGCAAGCCAAUGAAACUGCUGGGGAGGCGGUGUCAGGAGUCAGGACGGUAAAGAGUUUCAAGACAGAACUUGGUGAAGCCCAUCGCUAUGAUGUCCGCUUGAUGGAAACCCAUAAUCUGAAGACCCGACGGGACACAGUCAGGGCGAUUUACCUGUUGGUUAGGCGGAUGACAGAUUUGGGAAUGAAGGUGGCCAUGCUUUACUAUGGGAGACUCUUCAUCCAGUAUGGACAGAUGAGCACAGGGAAUCUCGUCUCUUUCAUUCUCUAUCAGCAAGACCUUGGAGACAACAUUGGGACUUUGAUCUAUAUCUUCGGAGACAUGCUGAACUCAGUGGGUGCGGCAGGUAAGGUGUUCGAGUACCUGGACCGAAAGUCUGAAGUCAGUAUUGAUGGUAACCUGCAGCCCAGUGAUCUGAAAGGACAUGUCAGCUUUCAGAACCUCACCUUCUUGUAUCCCAGAAGACCCGACCACAAUGUGUUAAAGAACUUCUCUAUGGAGUUGAAGCCGGGUCAGAUGACGGCUCUAGUGGGAAUGUCAGGUGCGGGAAAGAGCACCUGUGUGAGUCUGCUGGAGAGAUUCUACCAGCCUCAGCAGGGACACAUUCUGUUAGACAGACAACCACUGCAGAACUAUCAACACAAAUACUUGCACAGCAAGAUAGCAAUGGUGGGUCAGGAGCCUGUACUUUUCUCUGGCACUGUACGAGACAACAUUGCCUAUGGUCUGCCCAGCUGCUCAAUGGAGAGAGUAAAGGAGGCUGCCAGCAAAGCCAAUGCCCAUGCUUUCAUCUGCAAACUGGAAAAUGGCUACGACACAGAUGUGGGAGAGCGUGGAAAUCUGCUCUCGGGAGGUGAGAAGCAGCGCAUCGCUAUUGCCAGAGCUCUGAUUAGACAACCUCAGGUGCUCAUACUGGAUGAAGUGACCAGCUCUUUGGACACUGAAAGUGAACAAAUGGUUCAACAGGCCCUGGCCUGCUGCCCCACUCAGACCUUGCUUGUGAUUGCUCAUAGGCUGAAGACCAUUGAGAGGGCGGAUCAGAUUGUGGUGAUUGACAGUGGGGAGGUGGUGGAGCAGGGUACACAUCAGGAACUGAUGGACAAGAAAGGAAGUUACUAUAAACUGAGAGAGAGGCUCUUUAGUGAUGAUAAUACAGCCAACCAAUAACGAGAGAAAUCUGACACUGUAAAAGCCCAAUAGGCUGUGUUAAAAUAAUGUGCUUGUUCAAUAUGUAUACAAAUAUACCAUUACAAACUUUUGUAAAUAGAGACAUAUAAGGGGGAACGUUAUCCUUUAACCAUUAUCGCAUUUCUUAGAGAUAUGUGGUACUGAACUGUGGACUUGUACAUAGAAUAAACUCAGUGGCGAUCAUCAGUCAAAAUGUUUUAUCAACAAACAGUUUUUGAUAAAUGUAAAAUUUAGGAUUUGUUCGAUGUUUUAAUAUGUAAAUGUGAAUAAAUAU